CUUCUACACAGACAAAUUCUACCCAGGUUUAUUUGGCGAUAAAGCUGUUUCCUCGUCAGCAGAACUCAACCGUAGCAAUGCUUGCGAUCCUCUACUUACGUAACAACCAGGUUCCAAAUCUGGCAGCAAAUGUUCAAAAUCCGCCACCAAAUACACCACCCAUAAUAGUAAUGGCGAACACGAUACCAAAUCUUGCAAUAUCAUUUGGAACGGCACCAAUUAAUUAUCAACGAAUAGCGUUUGUUAACAAUACUGCUGGUAUGCAGAACUAUCAAUUAACUAUCCCCGCGAACUUGCUUUUUCCCGAAGGUGUUCCCGUUGGCGUACCAAAUAAUUUCGUCAUAGACCU